AUGAGGUGGUGGGGGCUGAAAACUAAGCAGCAGCAGCUGCUGCCACAAGACCAGGCGCAUGAAGAGAGCAAGAGCGGCAAGGGCAAGGCGGCCUUCUCGCCGCUCACAUGGUUCUCCAAGCUCACGGCUAAGCACAAUGCCGCUGCUUCCUCUAAGCCCAAGAAGCAUGCCGCGCCUGAGGCCAAGAGCUCCGGCGGCGGCUUCCACGAGGGCGCGACCCCGAGCCCGGCAUCGCGGAGCAGCCCGCCAGAUACUUUGUCACCCGCAGCCGCCGAUAUCGUGCCGCGUCGUCUCUCCGUCGGCAACGAUGACGCCGAGGCUGAGGCCACGGCCGCGCGCCAGCUCUCCCGCCGACGCCACUACUCCGUCGGGGGCGAUCGCGAUCUCCCGCCGCUCAGCCACCUCAGCGCGUUCUCCCGCGCUGCUUCCUCGCCGCAGUGUGUGCUGGCGACGGCGCCGACCCCGGUGCUGACGCUGCCGUCCGACACGGACGAAGAAAAGCGGCCUCGGAGCCACCAGCGCCGACGCCGAGGAAGCGGGCGGCGGUCCUUCUCCGGAAGGACUACGCCGGGCGCGAGGCUGGCAGCGGUGCGCGUCCGUUCGCCGCGGUGCACCGUGGCGGCCGUGUCGGGGCUUGAGAGGUUCGCGGUGGUGCGGCGGACGAGCGACCCGCAGCGGGAGUUCCGCAACUCGAUGGUGGAGAUGAUAACGAGCAAGCGCAUUGGGCGGCCGGAGGAGCUGGAGACGCUCCUGGCGUGCUACCUGGCGCUAAACGCCGAGGAGCACCACGACUGCAUCGUCAAGGUGUUCCGCCAGGUCUGGUUUGAGCUCAACCCCGCCCGCAUUGCUACCGUCACCAGCCGGCCACGCAGCUGA